UUGGAUUUAUAUAUUGGGGUUUUAUUGUUCUUUUGGCAUAAUCCAAGUGAAAGAAAAAAAAGAGUAAAAACAUGAGUAUACAAUACAUAUAUACACCCAAAAACAUACUGUUAAGCUCUAGUGAUUUGUUUGUUUUUCAAUAAUAAAAACUACUUCUCUUGUUUCUUUCCUUCAUUAAUUUCAUCCUUAUUUAUUAAAUUUAAUUGUAUUUUUCUUGGAAUUUUGUUGUUUUUAGGGUUUGAUAUAAACUCACAAGUCCAACCAACAAAAAAAGAAUGAAUUUGCAACAUAUUAGUUGUAUUGGAGGAGAAAGAGAUGAUGGAGAUGCUUCCUUUUCUUUAUCUUCUUCAACAUUCAAUAGAAGCUUCCAUACUCAAAAUCAUCAUCUUCAACUUCAACAACAUCAUCAAAACCCUAAUAAUACUAACAAUAAUAAUACUAUUAUUAAUCCUCCUUCUAAGAAGAAGAGAAAUUUACCAGGAAAUCCAGAUCCAGAUGCAGAAGUGAUUGCAUUAUCCCCAAAGACAUUGAUGGCAAGAAACAGAUUCAUAUGUGAAAUAUGCAACAAAGGGUUUCAAAGGGAUCAAAACCUUCAACUCCAUAGAAGAGGACAUAACCUACCAUGGAAACUUAAACAAAGAACAAACAAAGAAGUAAAGAAAAAGGUUUAUAUUUGUCCUGAAAAAACAUGUGUACAUCAUGAGGCUUCAAGAGCACUUGGUGAUCUAACUGGUAUUAAAAAACAUUUUAGCAGAAAACAUGGUGAAAAAAAAUGGAAGUGUGAUAAGUGUUCCAAGAAAUAUGCUGUGCAAUCUGAUUGGAAAGCUCAUUAUAAGACUUGUGGUACUAGGGACUAUACUUGUGAUUGUGGUACACUCUUUUCUAGGAAAGACAGUUUUAUUACACAUAGAGCAUUUUGUGAUGCGCUAGCCGUAGAGAGUGGCAGGAAUGGUUCAGUUGCUCCAGCCCCAACAACAAUAAGUUUCAAAAAUGAUUCAAAUAACAAAUGUACAAGUUUUCAACAUGGGUUUGUUAGUCAAGGAUUUCAACAUCAUGUUUCAGCUCACCCGUCCGUUUUUCGAACCGAUUUUAGCAUCAUUGUUGCUGCCAAUAAUCUGAUCACUUCAGGUUUGUCUGAUAUCGUUCAAAUGACAACUAAUAACCUUUUUGGCUCAUCCACUUCAAGUCUUUCACUUUCAUCCUUCCCUAUUACAUUAAAGGAAGAAGGAACAAAUAGCAACACUAAGACCAAUUUGGUUGAAAGCUUAGGCUCUUUGUAUUCACAUGAACAAACAAAUUCAUCCACACCCAUGUCAGCAACUGCUCUCCUACAAAAAGCUGCUCAAAUUGGUUCAACAAGGAGUAACCCUUCUAUUUUGGGCACAUCUCUAGGAGUUGUAACAAGCAAUGUUACCUCAAAUGAAGUGAAACAAGUGUACCCAAGUAAUCUAAAAAAGCGCCACGAUACAUCAGGUGCCUCAUCACGUACUAAGGCACCUAAUAUUAGAACAAUUGCAACUUCUAUGAGGAACAUUGAUCAAUCUGCCGGUCUUCUGACUGAGAGAUGUCUCUUAGGCCCAGCACAAUAAAACUUAAUGACUACUCUUACUCUAUAUUUUUCUUUAUGGGCCGGCUCAAUUAGAGAUGUAUUAUCAAAAAUACCGUCUCUCACCAGAAUUUGUGUUGAUGAAUUGCUCAUGAUGCCAACUAAUACAAAAGUGGAUAAUGAAUCAAUUGAAGUCAAGCUUCCUUUGGUAUCAUCAAAUGGGUUAACUAGAGAUUUUCUUGGAAGUAGUAAUAGCCCCUUUAACCCAAAGUUUAGGUAGUUUUGGUUCUAUGAGCUCAAGUAUUGGACUUGAUAACAAUUUUUGUAACAAGCCCCUUUGGACAGAAUCAUAAGUUGGUCUAGUGUUUAAAUGUUUUCCUUUUUAAUUACUUUCGCAACAAGGUUUAAUUUUUAUCGCUAAUGUCUUUUGUAUCCAUAGAAGAUUUUUCAGUUUUACCCCCUUAUUAAGUAUAAAAAGUAAGAAGAAUCAAGUUGUCUCAGUUAAAGUAUGUAUUUCUCUUAAUAUGGUCAUUAAUUUAAUUUUCACCGCUUUUGAUUUUUUUUUUUGGCUUACAUAUACUUAAAAAAAUUAUAAUAAAAAAUAAUGAGUGAGCAAGGAACCAAUGUCAUUGAGUCAACCAGGUUUGGUCAGUGGUGGCAAUCAUGUGUAUUUGGUUGAUUGAUGAUGAGAGUGAAAAGAUGGUGAAGUGAUGAGAAGGGAGGGAAAAUUCAACUCUACGUUGAAUCUUGAAUGUUUGGAAGGAAAAGUGCAGCCACGUUGGAAUCAUGCACGUUACUAUAAUGUAGUUACACAAUUUUCCGUGUUUUACUGUUACUCUGUCAGACGCUUUUUAUAUAUAGGUUGAAUAGGCUAAUUAAUAUAAUUACUAGUAUAUGG